AUGGGCGGAUUUCGCGCGGUUGAAGAUAGACCGACGCCGAAGGAGGUGUACAACUGGCGCCUAUACCUCGAAACCGCCAUCAUCGCUACCGGUUCUCUGCUCUUUGGCUAUGAUGGAGCCUUCAUCGGGACGACGAUUGCUCGUGCCAGCUUCAAGAGAGACUUUCACAUUUCGCCAGCGGAUGCCAACAGCAUCUCGAGCAAUAUCACCUCUGCGUUCCAGGCCGGUGCCUUUUUCGGUGCCAUUUUCUGCUUCUUCAUCACGGAAAAGGUCGGCCGAAAGUGGGCGCUCUUCAUCUCCAACGUCGUCUUCCUCGUUGGCGCAGUCAUAAUGACAGCAGCGACCCAUUCUCUGUCUAACAUCUAUGCUGGUCGAGUCCUUACCGGCCUUGCUUGUGGCGGCAUUACUGCGACUGUUCCGAGUUACAUCGCAGAGCUCUCCAUUCCUUCGAUUCGCGGAAUCCUCACCGGCCUUUUCGAAAUCGCCUACCAGCUCGGCUCGGUGAUUGGCUUCUGGAUCAACUACGGCAUCAAUCAGACCAUGGAUGUAAAUUCCACAGCCUCGUGGCGUAUCCCCAUGGCUAUCCAAAUUGUGCCAUGCGGCAUGCUACUUAUUGGAGGUGUCAUGCUUCAUGAAAGUCCGCUAUGGCUUUUUAGGAAAGAUAGGGUUGAAGACGGAACCAAGGCGCUGGAGGAAAUUCGACGCAUCCCUCGAGAUCACGAGUACCUGCAACAGGACGUAGAGAUGAUUCGAGGUCGAAUUUUGGAAGAAAACAACAUUGCGAGCAGAUACGGCACAGGGUCGUGGGCACUGUUUCGUGGAGCUCUAUAUGAGCUGUCGCGAAAGGGCAUGCGGAAUCGCAUCAUCUUGGUCUUUUGCUCCUUUGCCCUGCAAAACAUGUCUGGGGCUGCAGCCAUCAACUACUAUUCGCCCACACUCUUUGCCUCCCUUGGAAUCCAGGAUGUCUCCCUAUACACUGGCAUCUACGGUCUUGUCAAGGCGGUUGCCUCGAUUAUUUUCUACGUGUUCUUGAUCGAUAUAUGGGGUCGUCGGCAUCCCACUAUCCUCUCCUCUAUUGCCUGCUCCAUUUGUCUUUGGAUCAUUGGCGCAUACGUCAAGAUCGGACAUCCGGCGGACAUUAUUAAAGCCGGACAGGAGCUUUCGCCGUCCACCGCGGCGGGGGGCAAAGCCGCAACCGGCAUGAUUAUGAUAUACUCCGUCUUCUGGUCAUUUGGCCUGAACGGCAUUCCAUGGAUCGUCGCGGCCGAAAUCUUUCCGGGGGCUCUGCGUAAUUUUUCCGGAACAUGGGCAGCUCUCUGCCAAUGGCUCACCCAGUUUGUCAUUACCAAGGCUCUGCCGUACAUUUUCAGCUCUCUUGGCUACGGCACCUGGUUCUUCUUUGCUUCCUGGAUGCUCCUAGCCACUGUUUGGGCCUUUUUCUUUCUUCCUGAAACAAAGGGCAAGACUUUGGAUGAGAUUGACGUUAUCUUGUACGUACAACUCGUCGUGAUGAAUCUGUGUCUAUGGCUGCUAAUUGUUUACCACAGUGGAUACACCGAGGACAGAAGGGAAUUCUUCCCGGGCCAAUCCCACGGCGAAGUUGUCAAAGAGGAUGCGGAGGUAUUCACCAAGGACUAA